AUGGGCUUUCCUGAAGCUGCCAGUUCUUUUAGAACUCAUCAAAUUGAGGCUGCUCCAACCAGCUCUGCUGUUGAUGGAUUUAAGGCAAAUCUUGUCUUUAAGGAGAUUGAGAAGAAGCUUGAAGAUGAAGGAGAGCAGUUUGUGAAGAAAAUUGGUGGUAUUUUUGCCUUCAAGGUGAAGGAUGGCCCUGGGGGUAAAGAAGCCACCUGGGUGGUGGACGUGAAGAACGGCAAAGGAUCAGUGCUGCCUAACUCAGAUAAGAAGGCUGACUGCACAAUCACAAUGGCUGACUCGGACUUACUGGCUUUGAUGACUGGUAAAAUGAAUCCUCAGACGGCCUUCUUUCAAGGCAAAUUGAAAAUCAACGGCAAUAUGGGUCUGGCUAUGAAGUUACAAAAUCUUCAGCUUCAGCCUGGCAAAGCUAAGCUGUGA